AUGCACCCGUUUUCCAUCCUCACCCUCGGCAUCUUUGUAGCUGGCUACAUCACCGCGCGUUGGGAUCUCGUCACCCGUCUCUAUGAGCUCGCCAUUUUUGCAGCGGAAUACGGAGUUGUGGUAUGCUACAAUUGCUCUGCUGAGGAGGAGUUGCCUACCAUUAUUCGCGCUGCCAAGGGCGUCGUUGCUUUGACUGCUUUAUUUCUCACCAUCUUCAUACCUGUUGUUUGGGUGGCCAGAAAGGAGACAUUCUUGGCUAGCGAAGUCGAACAUCACCUGAAGGGAGGAUCGUUUUUCAGAAGUGCCCCCCAUUCUCCUGGUCGAAUAUAUGAGCUAUGCGGGCAUUCGUCUAUGCACGUCCUUGGCGUGUCGAAUUCGACCGGCACGGCCACCGUCGACCCUUCUUGGGUCUGCGCAAUCAACCAUCCUUCUUCACGCACCCCAACUAUAACUUGCGCCAAGGCAUCCAGCAUACAGCUUAUCCUCUACGACAGGCCGCAGCCUAAACGCAUGCAGUACAUCUCCUUGGAGCCAAUUGCCCUAGCUCUUGGAGACAAGAGUUCCAUGGUGGAUGACGCCAAGGUUGACGCUACUGAAGACCUCGUCGAGCAACAAGAGAGGUCAGCAAAGGAAGCUAGGCAAAGGCUCGUUGAGAAAUUGAAGCAACACACUAUUUCCAAUCGAGUCCCUUCGGCCCGUGACAAAGCACUACGGAAAAUCAUCAACCAAGUAAAUUGGUCGUGGGAGCUGGAACAGACAUUGCAAAAGAACGCCUGGCGACUUGGGCCACGGCCGAAGCGAAGUCUGAGCGUAUCUGAGCAAGUAAUGGAAUCUGCGUCGACUAUGAGAAACUAUGUUCUCAGACAGCUUUGGACCUUUUUUGCCGUCUACUUGUUCCCAACAAUACGCAAAACUUUCAUCCUGUUUCUUCUUGGCCAUCGCAUGGUGGCUGAGAUGCUACUUCUCAUUCUAGAGUUUCGGAUCAAACCAGGAUACGCCGCCUUGAAGGACAUAUCAGCCACCGCACAGCAGAUAGAAAUUCGACUCCAACAAUUUUGUUAUUGGCCCAUGCAGUACUCGAAGCUGCGGCAGAGAAAGGCGAAUUGGGCGAGUAUCACUACCAGCCAUCCCGAUUAUAUCCGAUUUUACAACAGCCUUUGGCUCGUUGCCAACGACGUCAUCAUUGGCAUAGCUCUUGGCUCCUACGUGAUUGAGCAUGCCGACUGGGUUGCCGCGCAAAUUGGAGACCUGUUGAGGACGUACACCGUGGAGGCUCUUCAAAGCAGCAUCUCAUGGUUGAUGGACUACCCAGCGGGUUUGAAACUCAAUGGCGAGCUGGCAGUGUUUUUGGGUGACUUGUUUCUGUGGGUUAUUGACUACUGGUCAAGCUGCAUAGAAACCCUAAACCCAGCACUGCCAAAUAUCGUAUGGUUCAUCGGAUUUACGUCCUUUGCAGGCGCCAGCAUGCCAACUGCGCUGUUUUCGGAUCUGCUGUCCCUCCUGACAGUUCACAUCUACUCAUUCUACCUUGCAUCAGCCCGCAUCUACCACUGGCAGCUGACGAUUCUCCAGUCACUCUUCCACCUAUUUCGAGGCAAGAAGCAAAAUGUGCUUCGUAACCGUAUUGAUUCAUGCGACUAUGACCUUGACCAGCUGCUUGUCGGCACGAUUUUAUUCACGCUUCUCUUCUUUCUUUUGCCCACCGUGGUUGUAUUCUACCUAAACUUUGCUAUUGCACGAAUGGUCAUAAUAUCUAUGAAGGCGGGAUUUGAUACUCUGCUUUCGUGUCUGAACCACUUUCCGUUAUUCGCUUUGAUGCUGCGUAUAAAGGACGUAAAAAGGCUACCCGGCGGCAUUCGUUUCGAGCUUCGAGAUACCCAAGAUUAUAGAGUCACAGACACUAAUACUAUUAAUGAAACCCCCACGUCGAUCAUUUACCUCAAGUCAAUACCUCUGAGUUUCAGUGCCAUGUUCCACCAAUACGCCCAGAUGGCCCAUCGCAUUCGAAAACACUAUCUCUCGCCGCGCGUCCUACUGUGCCUCCUCACAGGGCAGUUUGUCCCACCUAUCAAUCGCAAAAAUCUGUAUAGUUUGCAGUACAGCAUGCUACCAGCAAGACGAGCAACGAUUUGGGACAUGUGGCGUGCUGUGAACACCGAAAUUCCUCAGAAAAAAACCUUCCAACUACCUAUAAUACCGCCACUGCCGAAUGGUGCCAAAAGGAUGGCGGGGAACGGGCGUGCCAGGGCGCACUACUAG